UAUUACAAUUGGAACCAUUGUAGCCGAUGAAUGGAGAAUACCCUUUGCGAUUCAUCGAUCAAGAGCAGCGAUUGAAAUGGGGGUAGAAAAACUCAGAGAAAUUGUCUCCGAGGAAGCUGAUAUCACCUUCAGACUAGCUGCGGCAAAAACGAUAUGUGUGGCGGAUAUGGUCGGCGCCACUGCUGCGGAGAUGUAUUACGUUGACGAAGUGUCUGCAUUUAUUGGACCUGGUUGUAGUGUUGCCGUUGGUGUUGUGGGCAGAAUGGCAAGUUAUUGGAACUACCCUAUUCUGACUCCUGUCGGUACCGAUGAAUUUCUAGGCAACAAGGCUGAUUUCAGGACCCUCACCAGACUUGCCUACAAUUAUGAACAACUGGAUCGAUUUUACAGAUAUGUCUUCGAGGAGUUCAACUGGACAGACAUAACUGUAAUGUAUGACCUGAUGGGUAAACGGCGGGUGCCGAGUGAUGUUCUCUACAAACUGCUUGGGGAAAACCUCCACGCAAAAUUCAACGAAGCUGGGCUUACUUCCAGACUCAUUAAGUUCGUGUCAGAUUCAGAACAAGACUACAUCGAUUUGUUAAACACAGCAAGUACACGUUCAAGAGUGUUCGUUAUAGCCUGUGACAGUGUCGCUCUCAGAGAACUCAUGUUAGUGGCCCAUUCCCGUGGGAUGACAAAUGGAGACUACGUUUUCGUGUAUUAUGAGGGAUUUCGUGGCAUUGAGACCGGAGACAUUUCCUGGAGGAAAGGGGACAAGAAUGACGAUAUUGUGAAGAAAGCUUACGAGUGUAUGUUCGUUGUUAAAUUGUUUCAACCAUCCAGUGCUGAGUUCAAAAAAUUUGAAGCAAAGGUGAAGAACCGAUCCCUGGAACUGUACAGUUUUGACUACGAUGCUAACGGAUUUGAUGUAAAUCCAUAUGUCACCGCCUUCUACGAUGCAUUCAGUAUUUAUGGACAAGCACUGAAAGAGACAUUACAAGCCGGUCAGGACUAUAGGAACGGUCAGGAGAUCAACAAAAGAAUAUGGAACAGAACUUUUCAUGGAGUUAGUGGUGAGAUUUAUAUCAAUGCUAAUGGUGAUAGAGAAAUGGAUAUGAUAUUAACGGAUAUGGAACCGGAAACGGGGAAAUUCCAGGUAGUAGGCCACUUCUACGGGUGGAAAGGAAAAUUCGAAUUUGACUCCAAUGUCUCUAUUCACUGGCCAAACAAUAAUGGGCCACCGGCAAAUCGUCCGCGAUGUGGCUUCACUGGCGACUCACCCGUGUGUCAAAUCAAAGAAUUCCCUUUGAUUGGUAUUAUAUCUAUCGUGUUUGCGGGUAUGAUUUUAAUCCUGGGAGUAUCCGUAGUCAUUGGAUACAGGAGAAUGAAAAAUGAGUCUGAAAUCCACAGUAACUGGUGGCGGAUUCCUUGGGUGGAUCUUACCUGGAUUUCUUGUGGCAAAAGCAAAACUUCUAGCAUAGGACUCUCCGUGGCUAAGUUGAAAUCAAUGUGUGAUGAGGAAUUGACCACACUCGAAUUCAAAAGGAAUGUGUUGGCUACAUAUAAGGGGGCUAAGGUGUUUCUAUUCAAGUUGAAUCGAGACGUGUUGCCUACCACGAGAGAAUUCCUUUUAGAUUUAUUACAGCUGAGAAACAUACAUUGUGAGAACUUGACAAAGUUCAUUGGCUUGACUGAUGGUCCAUCAGGUCUCUACGCCAUGAAUGAAUACUGUACCCGUGGUGAUCUAAGAGAUAUUCUUAGCAAUGAAUCGUUUAAACUGAACUGGGAUUUCCGGGCCUCUUUAACCCAUGACGUCAUUCAGGCAAUGGUCUAUAUCCAUGGUUCCAACUUAAAAUAUCACGGCCAUCUAAAUAGUAUGAACUGUGUCAUCGACAGUCGUUUUGUAUUGAAAGUUACUGAGUUCGGAAUACAAUCUCUGCGGGAUUUCAAUAUAAAUCUUACCGGAAAAGAAUCUCUCUGGAUGGCUCCCGAGUUGUUGCGUACUCCGACAACCAAGAGAAAUGUUAUAGAAAUGCAGAAUGCUGACAUCUACAGCUUUGGAAUUAUUCUAUACGAAAUAUUGUCACGUAAGGAACCGUUCGAGGACGACACAGAUGUUCUAUUCUUUGAAGAGAUAAUAAGAAAACUGAAGGAGUUUAAUGGAACGCCAUUUCGCCCACGGUUAGAAGUUGCGGGUUUGGACUUAGGCAUGGUGAAUGUGAUGAAGCUUUGCUGGGAUGAAAGUCCCAAAAAUAGACCAACCUUUUCUGCCAUCAAAAUGGAAUCUACAAAAUUGGGCUGGGAUAGAACAGGUGAUAAGUUCUUGGAUAAUCUUCUCUCUCGGAUGGAAGAAUAUGCUAAUAAUCUCGAAGACCUGGUAGAUGAGAGAACGCAAGCAUUUUUAGAAGAGAAACGGAUAUCAGAGGAACUGCUUUACCAAGUCCUUCCAAGGUAUGUGGCUGAUGAACUAAAGAACGGUCGAAUGGUGGAUCCAGAGGCGUUUGGUUGUGUCACAAAAUACUUCAGUGACAUUGUAGGAUUUACAUCCCUUUCUUCGGAAAGUACUCCCAUGCAGGUAGUGGAUUUACUAAAUGACCUUUACACUUGUUUUGACAGCAUCAUUGAUAAUUUUGAUGUCUACAAGGUAGAAACCAUUGGAGAUGCUUACAUGGUCGUGUCCGGUCUACCAGUACGUAACGGAGACCGACAUGUGGUAGAAAUUGCCAAAAUGUCGACUGUCAUACUGGAUAAUGUCAAAAUAUUCAAGAUACCCCACAGACCAGGCGUGAAGCUGUGUGCUCGAGUUGGGUUACAUUCAGGUCCUGUAUGUGCUGGUGUUGUGGGGCGAAAAAUGCCCCGAUAUUGUCUGUUUGGUGAUACAGUGAACACUGCCUCACGGAUGGAGUCAAACGGAGAGGCAAUGAAAAUUCAUGUGAGCGAAUCAACCAGAAAUCUUCUUCUUGACAGUGAAGACUUUGACCUGGAAGAGAGGGGAGAGAUACUCGUGAAGGGAAAGGGUCUUAUGAAGACAUACUGGUUAAAUCGGAGAGGAGUGCAGUUAAUUUAGAACAUUUAUCUUAUCUGGUAUAUUAUUAUGAUCAUGAUCCACACAGUUGAGGUGCGGGGUGUGGUUAACUGUCUGUUUUUUUCUUAUUCUCGUUCCUGUAGUCAUUAUGUGUUCUGCUUUGUGAAUUUUAUUUAUGUCAUGCACACAUACCCUCAUAUUUUUAUCAACCUUGCAGGGAUGGUUCCUUGUAUUACUACCUCUAAGGGAAAUUUUUAGGUUAGUUAUUUACAUGUACAGGAACUAAGCUACAUUAUCCAUUUUACUAAUUUUCAAGAAUGGUACUUGCAUGAAAAUAUAUGUUCGUGUAAUUCUUGGUAUUGAGUUGGGACAUACAACUUCAAAAUUACGUGCACAAAACUUUUCAUUUGUCGCCACAUUUCAGGAAUACUCUACACAACAGUUUGAGUUCUUACCGGUGAUCAAGGUUAAAUAUCUAAGAUCAAGGUCAAUCAAAAGGAUGGUUUUUAAAUCAUUUCUAAUUAUGUAUCCCCUUCCCAGAAGAGGGGCAUAUUGUUUUAGUGCUAAAGUCCAUAACGUGGACAGUAAUAAACGUCAAAUACGGCUAUAACACACACACACGCCCCUUCAACAACUCUUUCAAUUUGACGAAGUGUACAUUUUAAAAAGUAUUCUCAUAAAGUCGAAGAAAUUAAACCUUGUUUGUGCCAUAGAUAUAAUAGAACCUGUUAAAACUCAGCAUGAUGAAGAAUUUGGUAACGUAAGCUUUACUAUACACUGUUUAAUAAUACAAUUUAUGUUAAAACUCAGCAUAAUAAAGAAUUUGGUAACGUAAGCUUCACUAUAUACACUCUAUGUUGAUACUAUUUAUGUGAAGCUUAGGAACACAAUGAGGAGUAAAUGCAAAACUGUAGGAUAUUUAAAUGGCUGUAAGCUCAUUAUUCAUGUUGCUUGUUUUAUAUCAUUAGCCUUCAUGCCCCAAGUAGUCGUAUUGCUAUUCUCAUCUAGUAUGUUCAAGGGACGAUACCGUGGGGAUCUGGGUUAGAAUAGGUCCUCAGUACCGCUUGCUUGUGGUAAGGGGCGAUUAAAUGGGGCGGUCCUUCGGAUGAGACCGUAAAAACCGAGGUCUCGUGUCACAGUCGGUGUGGCACGAUAAAGAUCCCUCCCUGCUCAAAGCCUAAGCACCGAGCAUAGGCCUAAAUUUCACAGUCCUUCACCGGUAAUGGUGACGUCUCCAUAUGAGUGAAAAACUAUCGAGUGGGACGUUAAAAAAUACAGAAUCAAUCAAUCCAAGGAACGUGUUUGCCAUAUACAUGUACUGCAUGUAGUAAUUUUGUAUUCAAUGCCGGAGUUAUGAAAUUGACCACUUAACAUGUGUUUGUUGAAUUCCAGAAGGACUGUUUUUCGUCUUUUUUGUGUUUGACACACUUGUUGUACAUGUUUAGGUACUGGGUACAUAAUUACAUCCAGAUUCAGGAAGUUGUCACCGCCAUGUUUAUUUUGUUAAAUUAUAACCCUGCCAAUCUCUAAUAAUUACACAGAAUUAUUGUAGAUAUAUUAAAUGAUUGUGGUGUAUUGUUGGUCAGCUGUCAUAAUGUUAGGCUUUAUACGUGUUGUUAGUUUUCUGCUCCCUGGUCGUUUAUGAUUUUUCUCCAUAAAUCUUCGCUGAACAUUUCAGAUCGAUGAUAUAGUUGUAAAUAGCGUGUAGAAGUUGAUGUUUGUCAUUCACAUUGCCCAAAUGGGAUUGUCAGCAAUUAUAUAUGACACCAUCGAUUGUAAAAUUUGUGUGCAGUAAUCCCAAGUUGUUGAUUAGCGCAUGCGCGAGAUCAACUAUACUGACUAAUGAAAGUGUUGAGAACAUUUCGGAUUAUUAAUGCUCUACGUGUAUGUUCAAGGUAUCAAUUUGUAUGUUAUGCUAAUACGAUUAAAGUCAUACAACCAAGCA